AUGGUUGUCCGAGGCUGUGGAGAACAGGAAGGCUCGUACAGCAGUCUGGUUGGCGGUGUGAUCUCCAAGGCCUCCAAAUCUGACGGAGAAAUAAUUUUUGUUUCAUCUAUGGGAACUGGUGUGGUGCUUGGAGGAGUGUCGGCAGGUGUGGUGCUUGGAGGAGUGUCAGCAGGUGUGGUGCUUGGUGGAGUGUCGGCAGGUUUGGUGCUUGGUGGAGUGUCGGCAGGUGUGGUGCUUGGAGGAGUGUCGGCAGGUGUGGUGCUUGGUGGAGUGUCAGCAGGUGUGGUGCUUGGAGGAGUGUCGGCAGGUGUGGUGCUUGGAGGAGUGUCGGCAGGUGUGGUGCUUGGAGGAGUGUCGGCAGGUGUGGUGCUUGGAGGAGUGUCGGCAGGUGUGGUGCUUGGAGGAGUGUCGGCAGGUUUGGUGCUUGGUGGAGUGUCAGCAGGUGUGGUGCUUGGAGGAGUGUCGGCAGGUGUGGUGCUUGGUGGAGUGUCGGCAGGUGUGGUGCUUGGAGGAGUGUCGGCAGGUGUGGUGCUUGGAGGAGUGUCGGCAGGUGUGGUGCUUGGAGGAGUGUCGGCAGGUGUGGUGCUUGGAGGAGUGUCGGCAGGUGUGGUGCUUGGAGGAGUGUCGGCAGGUGUGGUGCUUGGAGGAGUGUCGGCAGGUGUGGUGCUUGGAGGAGUGUCGGCAGGUGUGGUGCUUGGAGGAGUGUCGGCAGGUUUGGUGCUUGGUGGAGUGUCGGCAGGUGUGGUGCUUGGAGGAGUGUCGGCAGGUUUGGUGCUUGGAGUGUCGGCAGGUUUGGUGCUUGGAGUGUCGGCAGGUUUGGUGCUUGGAGUGUCGGCUGGUGUGGUGCUUGGAGGAGUGUCGGCAGGUUUGGUGCUUGGAGUGUCGGCAGGUGUGGUGCUUGGUGGAGUGUCGGCAGGUUUGGUGCUUGGAGGAGUGUCGGCAGGUUUGGUGCUUGGUGGAGUGUCAGCAGGUGUGGUGCUUGGAGGAGUGUCGGCAGGUUUGGUGCUUGGAGUGUCGGCAGGUUUGGUGCUUGGAGUGUCGGCUGGUGUGGUGCUUGGAGGAGUGUCGGCAGGUUUGGUGCUUGGUGGAGUGUCAGCAGGUGUGGUGCUUGGAGGAGUGUCGGCAGGUGUGGUGCUUGGAGGAGUGUCGGCAGGUUUGGUGCUUGGUGGAGUGUCGGCAGGUGUGGUGCUUGGAGGAGUGUCGGCAGGUUUGGUGCUUGGAGUGUCGGCAGGUUUGGUGCUUGGUGGAGUGUCGGCAGGUGUGGUGCUUGGAGGAGUGUCGGCAGGUGUGGUGCUUGGUGGAGUGUCGGCAGGUGUGGCGCUUGGUGGAGUGUCGGCAGGUGUGGCGCUUGGUGGAGUGUCGGCAGGUGUGGCGCUUGGUGGAGUGUCGGCAGGUGUGGCGCUUGGUGGAGUGUCGGCAGGUGUGGCGCUUGGUGGAGUGUCGGCAGGUGUGGCGCUUGGUGGAGUGUCGGCAGGUGUGGCGCUUGGUGGAGUGUCGGCAGGUGUGGCGCUUGGUGGAGUGUCGGCAGGUGUGGCGCUUGGUGGAGUGUCGGCAGGUGUGGCGCUUGGUGGAGUGUCGGCAGGUGUGGCGCUUGGUGGAGUGUCGGCAGGUGUGGCGCUUGGUGGAGUGUCGGCAGGUGUGGCGCUUGGUGGAGUGUCGGCAGGUGUGGCGCUUGGUGGAGUGUCGGCAGGUGUGGCGCUUGGUGGAGUGUCGGCAGGUGUGGCGCUUGGUGGAGUGUCGGCAGGUGUGGCGCUUGGUGGAGUGUCGGCAGGUGUGGCGCUUGGUGGAGUGUCGGCAGGUGUGGCGCUUGGUGGAGUGUCGGCAGGUGUGGCGCUUGGUGGAGUGUCGGCAGGUGUGGCGCUUGGUGGAGUGUCGGCAGGUGUGGCGCUUGGUGGAGUGUCGGCAGGUGUGGCGCUUGGUGGAGUGUCGGCAGGUGUGGCGCUUGGUGGAGUGUCGGCAGGUGUGGCGCUUGGUGGAGUGUCGGCAGGUGUGGCGCUUGGUGGAGUGUCGGCAGGUGUGGCGCUUGGUGGAGUGUCGGCAGGUGUGGCGCUUGGUGGAGUGUCGGCAGGUGUGGCGCUUGGUGGAGUGUCGGCAGGUGUGGCGCUUGGUGGAGUGUCGGCAGGUGUGGCGCUUGGUGGAGUGUCGGCAGGUGUGGCGCUUGGUGGAGUGUCGGCAGGUGUGGCGCUUGGUGGAGUGUCGGCAGGUGUGGCGGUAGGUGGAGUGUCGGCAGGUGUGGCGCUUGGUGGAGUGUCGGCAGGUGUGGCGCUUGGAGUGUCGGCAG